UAGAGGUAGAUAGUGUCCUAAAUAUAUAUACUGUGCAAUCAUUAGUCUUUACUCAAACAUUCCGGCAAAAUGGGACCAACUGCCUGCGCAGUUCUCCUGAUUACCCUUGAGGUGGCCUUACUUACUGCAGGAGAAGAGGCCUUAAAAGCAAAAUCAUUCGCCUUUGCUAGUUACUAUGGAGACCACAUGGUUCUUCAACAAGCGCCUAGGAAAGCUGCAAUCUGGGGAUAUGCUGCAAAACCAGGGGAGACAAUCACAUUGAGCAUUAGUGGUAAAGGGGAGGUGAACACAACAUCCUUUAAUGGACCUAUGGCAACAACCCCUGUGUGGUCAGUUCAACUUCCUGCAAUCGCUGCUGGUGGGCCUUACAACAUUACAGCGACAUCUAGCGAGGGCAGCAUUGGCUUAACUGAUGUGUUAUUUGGUGACGUCUGGAUAUGUUCCGGUCAGAGCAACAUGCAGUUUACACUUUCGAUGGCUUUAAAUGCAACGGAAGAGAUGGCAGAUGUCCCCAACUAUCCCAACAUCCGGGUGUUUACAGUUGCCUUGGGAGGGUCUCCGGUCGAAGAAUAUGAUCUGCUGAAUAUCAGCCAGCAUUGGUCUGUUCCAAGUGCAGGUACUAUAGGCGGUCCGAAUUGGUCGUACUUUUCGGGAGUCUGCUGGUUAUAUGGCAAGUACCUGUCUUCACAUCUCAAAAACCCCAUCGGCCUCAUAGCAUCAUCAUACGGAGGAACCCGAGUAGAGGCGUGGUCAGCUCCCAAUGUUCUCAAGAAAUGUGGUGUAAGCGAUGUGUCUGGUGUGAACCCGAACUCUGCUUCUGUUCUGUGGAAUGCCAUGAUGCGACCCUUCCUCAACAUGACCAUAUACGGAGCCAUCUGGUAUCAAGGUGAAGCCAAUGCCGGAUCUCCAACUAUGAACCAGUACAACUGUACAUUCCCAGCCAUGAUAGAGGACUGGAGAGACAAGUUCCAUCAAGGAUCAGGAGGACAAACUGACCCAGUCUUUCCUUUUGGAUUUGUACAGCUUGCCCCAUACAGAAACAAUGACACCAUUACAACCGGCUUCACAGACAUUCGGUGGCACCAGACAGCUGACUAUGGCUACGUCCCUAACGACAGGAUGAAGAAUACCUUCAUGGCGGUGGCCAUGGACCUGCCGGACUUUACCUCUCCAUACACAGGUAUCCACCCCCGGGACAAGCAGGAUGUGUCUAUGCGUCUGUGCACAGCUGGACUUGCUGUGGCCUACAACCAAAUUGAGUACUCUAAAUUCAACGGCCCCAUUCCUUCUUUGUUCACAAUCUGGGUAGCUGACAGCACUAUACAGAUAGACUAUGAUAACAAACAAACUGUUCUGGACAUCAGAUCAACAACAGGAUUUGAGGUAUCAUGCAUUACCUUGGACAAAAGGUCUGCUCUCGUUGAAGUCUCGGAAAACAUUACGUGGUUCCCUCUUCUAAUGGCGUCACAUGACGACACGUCAGUGACCUUCAACUACAGCCAAAUAUGUCUACAGCCUAAAGACAUGAUGGUGUCUGCACUACGUUACGCCUGGAGAGAGUCGCCCUGUCCCCUUAAACAGUGUGCAGUCUACAACAAGGAAAGUGGCUACCCGGCGCCACCUUUCGUCAAAUAUAUCCUUGAAGAUAAAUCUAAUGUCAAAAUAGUGAAAUAAACCGUGUCAGAACACUU